AUAGAGCUGUGUUUACGUUCUACAAGCGUUGGAUGGAAGGUGCUGUGGCGACACUUCAUACCGUACUUAGCCUAUGUUUUCCAAGUACUGUCGUUUUGGUAUUUCUUUACACACUACCUUAUGUAUCUUUCUGAAACAUUACAUUGAUAGAAACUACGGCAACUCUCAAACAACACUUUAGUAGUAGCUAGCUAGGUCUUUCCCCAACAGGCUAACGUUAGUUAUGUUUGCUAGUUAGCCUGUAUCGUUGGUCUGCCAGCUCACCAAAUACGGCCUAUGUACUAUGAUUAUACACACCCCCCUCAUCCCCAUGUCUUCCUAGCAUUACCCUGCCACCACUAUGUUAGUUACACAAACCCCCUGCAUGGAGCGCAAACUCAGCUGUGUAAUCCCCUAUUAUUUAGAGAUGUGGAUUGUAUAUUGCUGUGUAUGUAAAUAUAUAUACACACAGUGCUUUGUCCUGGCAGCAACACAGCCUCAGUAUAUUUAGCCCUGGUGCGUUAAAUCCACUAUGUUGGUGAUGGAUACAGUAAGAGCAGCACUAAUAUAAUAACUACACUACCGUUCAAAAGUUUGGGGUCACUUAGAAAUGUCAUUGUUUUCUAAAGAAAAUCAAAACAUUUUUUCCAUUAAGAUAACAUCAAAUUGAUCAGAAAUUCUGUGUUGAUAUUGUUAAUGUUGGAAGUGACUAUUGUAGCUGGAAAUGGCAGAUUUUUUUUUUAAUGGAAUAUCUACAUAGGUGUACAGAGGCCCAUUAUCAGCCACCACUCCUGUGUUCCAAUGGCACGUUGUGUUAGCUAAUCCAAGUUUGUCAUUGGGGCGGCAGGGUAGCCUGGUGGUUAGAGCAUUGGACUAGUAACCGAAAGGCCGUAAUUGAAAAUAAGAAUUUGUUCUUAACUGACUUGCCUAGUUAAAUAAAGGUUAAAAUAAAAAAAAAUGUAAAAGGCUAAUUGAUCAUUAGAAAACCCUUUUGCAAUUAUGUUAGCAGAGCUGAAAACUUGUUCUGAUUAAAGAAGCAAUAAAACUGGCCUUUAGACUAGUUGAGUAUCUGGAGCAUCAGCAUUUGUGGGUUUGAUUACUACAAAUGCUGAUGCUCCAGAUACUCAACUAAUUGAAUAGGAUCUCUAUCAUGGCGACCAGACGGGCUCUGAAGGCAGUGCUGAUUGACCUGAGUGGAACCCUCCAUGUAGAAGACACAGCCGUGCCUGGAGCACAGGAAGCCCUCAAAAGAUUGCGUCAGUCCUCUGUAGCGGUAAAGUUUGUGACCAACACUACUAAGGAGUGUAAGAGGAACCUUGUGGAGCGUCUCCACAGUCUGAACUUUGACAUCCAGGAGCAGGAGAUCUUCACGUCCCUGACAGCAGCCAGGAGCCUCGUGGAGCAGAGACAACUACGCCCCCUACUGCUGGUGGAGGACAGUGCACUGGAGGACUUCUCAGGUAUGGAGACAUCCGAACCCAACGCUGUGGUGAUAGGCUUAGCUCCAGACCACUUCAACUACCAGACGCUCAACAAAGCAUUCAGGCUGCUUCUAGACGGGGCCCCCCUCAUCGCCAUCCAUAAGGCCAGGUAUUAUAAGAGGAAGGAUGGUCUGGCGCUGGGCCCCGGACCCUUUGUGACAGCGUUAGAGUACGCUACAGACUGUCAGGCCACCGUUGUGGGGAAGCCUGAGGGGACAUUCUUCCUGGAGGCUCUGAGGGACAUUGGCUGUUGUCCUGAAGAGGCCAUCAUGAUCGGAGACGACGCCAGAGACGACGUGGGAGGGGCUCAAAACAUUGGCAUGCUGGGAAUUGUAGUCAGAACCGGUAAAUACAGAGUGGGAGAUGAGGGUAAAAUUAACCCUCCACCAUACCUGACCUGUGACAGCUUCACUCACGCUGUGGACCACAUCCUCCAACACAUCCUCUAACUAUGGCUCUCUCAUCACUAUUAGAUCAUUUACACCAGACUGUAACGCCUCCUCUAGUCCCACACCAGACUGUAACACCUCCUCUAGUCCCACACCAGACUGUAACGCCUCCUCUAGUCCCACACCAGACUGUAACGUCUCCUCUAGUCCCACACCAGACUGUAACACCUCCUCUAGUCCCACACCAGACUGUAACGCCUCCUCUAGUCCCACACCAGACUGUAACACCUCCUCUAGUCCCACACCAGACUGUAACACCUCCUCUAGUCCCACACCAGACUGUAACACCUCCUCUAGUCCCACACCAGACUGUAACGUCUCCUCUAGUCCCACACCAGACUAACACCUCCUCUAGUCCCACACCAGACUGUAACGCCUCCUCUAGUCCCACACCAGACUGUAACGCCUCAUCUAGUCCCACACCAGACUAACGCCUCCUCUAGUCCCACACCAGACUGUAACACCUCCUCUAGUCCCACACCAGACUGUAACACCUCCUCUAGUCCCACACCAGACUGUAACGUCUCCUCUAGUCCCACACCAGACUGUAACACCUCCUCUAGUCCCACACCAGACUGUAACGUCUCCUCUAGUCCCACACCAGACUGUAACGCCUCCUCUAGUCCCACACCAGACUAACGCCUCCUCUAGUCCCACACCAGACUAACGCCUCCUUUAGUCCCACACCAGACUAACGCCUCCUCUAGUCCCACACCAGACUAACGCCUCCUCUAGUCCCACACCAGACUAACGCCUCCUCUAGUCCCACACCAGACUGUAACACCUCCUCUAGUCCCACACCAGACUAACGCCUCCUCUAGUCCCACACCAGACUGUAACACCUCCUCUAGUCCCACACCAGACUAACGCCUCCUCUAGUCCCACACCAGACUAACGUCUCCUCUAGUCCCACACCAGACUAACGCCUCCUCUAGUCCCACACCAGACUAACGCCUCCUCUAGUCCCACACCAGACUGUAACGCCUCCUCUAGUCCCACACCAGACUGUAACGCCUCCUUUAGUCCCACACCAGACUGUAACGUCUCCUCUAGUCCCACACCAGACUGUAACGCCUCCUCUAGUCCCACACCAGACUGCUGUAACGCCUCCUC